UUCAUUUGAGGAUGUCCUAAUGAAUUAGAAUUACUUUACUAAAAUGUUGUCUUUGUAAGCUAAGCAAGCAAGACGCUACGUUUAGAUGAUCAUGAUGUGAAUGACUUCCCCGUAAUGUAAUGUGAAGAGACGGAAUCCAAUUACUAAUGGCACGAGUUCUCUCUUUCGAGGAUUAAAUUCGUUGAGCUACUUACUCUUUUACUUAUUAUUACUAUAUGGGUCAUUAUUCCUAAUAAUCUUCAAAGUGAUCUAAUAAUGUAAAAUUUAGAUUUUGAUCACAGAGAAGUUUUUAACUCAAAAAGCCAGUAGGAGUACUCAUCUAUCAUAGAUCAUCCAUUCUUCACCAAUGAGGUAUGGAUAAGGGAUAACGUUUUAUUACUUUAGACCCAAUCACAACCUCCCACGUAAGAGUCAUCCACCUUCAGAGCCACAAAUUUUGUGAGCAACAGAUUUUGUCUUGUCAGCAAAAAUUAAAAAAAUUCCUAUAUUCAUGUUUGAAUUUUAGUCAUAUUCCUGGCUGACUUAGGUGUCCAACAAUAUUUUCCAAAAUGGCUACUGCAGCAUCCACGAUGGCCAGCCAGCUGAAGAGUAGCUUCGCUUCAUCGUUAACCAGAGGUCAUGGCCUUGUUACUCCCAAAGGCAUUUCUGGUGCACCUUUUAAGAUCUUCCCUUCAACAAGAAAAUCUUGCUUCACAGUCAAGGCUGUCCAAGCUGACAAACCCACUUUCCAAGUGAUUCAGCCCCUGAAUGGUGACCCUUUCAUUGGAAGUCUUGAAACUCCAGUGACCUCAAGCCCAUUGAUUGCAUGGUACUUGUCCAACUUACCUGCCUACCGGACCGCUGUGAACCCACUUCUCCGAGGAGUAGAAGUGGGUCUAGCCCAUGGAUUCUUAUUAGUUGGGCCAUUCGUAAAGACUGGUCCAUUAAGAAACACACCCAUUGCAGGGGGGGCUGGUUCAUUGGCAGCAGCAGGACUAGUAGUGAUCCUUAGCAUAUGUUUGACAAUAUAUGGGAUUGCAUCAUUCAAAGAAGGAGAUCCAUCAACAGCACCCUCAUUGACAUUGACUGGCAGGAAAAAGGUGCCUGAUCAACUGCAAACUGCAGAUGGAUGGGCCAAGUUCACUGGUGGAUUCUUUUUUGGUGGAAUUUCUGGUGUCACUUGGGCUUAUUUCCUCCUCUAUGUCCUUGAUCUUCCUUACUAUGUCAAGUAGAUCUCUAAUGUUUUUCAAUUGAUGUAACUACUUUGAAUGUUAAACUGAUAUGAAAGUUGUAUAUUGAACAUCGA